CUAUACGGUCCGUACAAUCCCCUAACGAGAUAAGAUAACUACUGGCGUCAUAAUAACUCAGAUUUAUAGACAUGGAUAGACUUAUAUUAAUGGUUGGAUCUUUUAUUUUUGUUGCGAAUUGUUCAGGACUUACAGUUAUUGGAGGAAAACAAUGUAACAAUGGAGUAAGCGUGUUAAAUGUUUGUAUCUGCCAUCAUGGAUGGACCGGAAGUGACUGUUCUAUUGAUGUUGACGAAUGUAGCAGAGUUAACCCAAGUCCUUGUGGUGAGAGAGGAGCAUGCGUGAAUACACCCGGAAGUUAUCAUUGUGAUUGCAAACAGUCAUUUGUUGGAGUGAACUGCGAACACAAAUUACAUGGUUCGAAUAUUAGAAAACGGCUAAUUCUUAAUAGUUUUGCAACACCCACGGCACCACCUACAACUGUACUAUAUACGACAAAUUCCCCUCCUCCGUUCACCACAAAAGCGCCACCUACACCUCAUGAUAUCAAAACGCCUCAACCAAUCACAGAACAGCAGGUGUCACAAGGAACGAUAACUACAAAGGCUCCACCACCAAUAGGAUAAAAUUAACUAAAACAUUAGAGUGGAUUUUUUUUUGUGGAUGACGUUUUUAUUUUGAUUUUUUUAUAUAAUAAAACAUUUGCAUAUGCAUUGUC